UGCACUUCGAGUUUGUGUUUCCUGCGUUCGCGGCGCGGAGGCGCGGCCCCUCGGCCAGCUCUGCAGUGGCCAUGGCGAGGUCCCCACGCGGCGGCGGCAGCAGCAGGCGCGGCAAGUCCUACUGGAUGUGCAGCUGCGGAGGAUGGAACUGGGACUGGUGCGGCUCGUGCCCUGGCUUUGGGCAUGCGGCUCCGCCCUGGGCGCUGGGAAUGUCCCCCGCCAAAGCGAGGCCCAAGGCAGACAAGGACGGAUGGUUGGAUCAGCCGCGUGGGCGCCGUGCCCAGAGGCAGGCCCGCAGCGCGGCCUCGCGGGGAGCCUCCGCCAAGUCGCAGACCUCGGCGUCGGCAGCGAGUGGGGCGCCCAGCGGUGGAGGCGCCACGGCGAUCGAGAGGCUCCAGGCAGCAGCCGAGCAGCUCGAGGCGCUGCAGGCCGAGCCGCCUGACGGCGUGGACGGCUGCUUCACCGACGUCGUGGCUAGUCAGCUGGAGGCGAAGCGCGCCGAGCUGGUCAGGGCCCAGAAGGCGGCAGUAGAGCAGAAGGCCUCCUCCCUGCCACGGGCGGUGCAGCUCCACAGGGAGGCGAACGCCAUCAGCAAGGGUGAGAAGCGGCUCCGCGCAGCCCGCCAGGGGUUCGAGCAGAAGCAGGCGGCGCGUAGCCUCGUCGAGGCCCAGCUCCACAAGGCGCAGGGGGAGCUCGCCGAGCUCGACGCGGAGGUUGAGGAGGCGAGCCGUGCGCUCCAGGCGCUCGAGGAGGCAGCCCGCGAGGAGGCCGAGGCGCUGCGCCGCCAGCGCACUGCCGAGUGGGCAGGAGCCAGCCAGGUGCCAGGGCUCCCCAUGCAGCUGGAGAAGUUGCCCGAGGCCUGGGGCUCCAGCAACUUCGGGGUGGCCUGGGCAGCCAUCCGCGCCCAGGUGGAGGCGGGGCGGGCGCAGCUCGCGGGGGGCCCUGUGGCCCCCAAGCGCGCGCCGUGGGCUGAGUCCUGCCCCGUGGAGGUGAUCAGCAGCGACGAUGGCGAUCUCGCAGGUAGCGGUAGCUCUUGGCAGCCACAGCCAGCCGCCGAGCGGGGCCAAGCCGAGCGGCGUGGCAAGGCGCAUGGCGAGUGGCCGACGGUGGCCCAGGCAUGCCAGCGGGAGCUGGCUGCCGAGGCAGCGGAGCGCAGCCAGGGCCAACGAGUGCCUUGUGAGACCAGCGCGGCGGGCCUGCACUGGCGCGAGUGCGGCCACGCCGAGGGCGCCUUGGUGGACUCCCACGGCAUCGACGUCGGCGACCCGCCCAGGUACCUGGGGCACGCCGUUGGGCCCGGCAUCGUCCUCAUGCCCCAGGGCGCGGAGGAGAACGGGGUUCGGGCCCACGUGCUCGGCACUAGCGAGCAGAGCGACCCCAUUGGCCAAGCAGGCGCACCUGGGCACUCCGAGGCGAUGGCAACGAGGGCGGACCUGCAGCAGCCAGCCGAGCUGCCACUCAGGGAACACGCUCGGAGUCUGGAGGCGGCAGCAGCCAGGAGCGCCAGGGCCGCCACUGUGGUGCGCUGUGCCUCGCCCGCCGCCGCGGUGGUGCGGUCCCUGGGGCGGUUCGGCAGGUGCUUCGAGCCGGAGCGGAGCAUGGUCGUGGACCUCGGCGACGUGUUCGAUCCCAUAGUCCUCGGGCCUCGGGCGAUGAGCUUUAAGGCAAGCUCGGUUGCUCUGCAGGCCUCCAACCGCCAUGAGAGGCAGAAGCUCAGCUGCGACCCCCUCUGGCUGCGGCUGUGGCUCGGGGGCGCCAUCGAACAACUGCUCGGGCCAGGAAUCGAGCGGCGCGUGAAGGGGCAGCAUGCGCGAGGGGUCCACAUCUCCAACGCACGCUGGACGAUGAGGGCCUCUGGAGGCUUCGGCAGCCAGUCGAUGGCAGGCCACGCCUGGAGAGCAGCCGCUCGACGGAGCAGUGCGGCAGCCCUCUCGGCCACCGCUGUCGCCUUCAGCAUCCUGGGGCACGCGCUUAGCUACGCCUUCGCGGGUGAUGUCGAGGACGCCCAGGAGAUCGUGGCCUGCUCCAAGUGCGGCGCCUACAAGGUGCUGGGCAGCCACGCGGGAGGCACGUCUCGCCUGAAGGUGCAGUGCCCAGGGCCCAGCUACCUGACCAACAAGUCAGGCAGGAACCAGCGCAGCCUGCGGGAGCGAGGGGUCCAUCCUGGAGGCAGGCCGCGAGCGGACAAGCAAAGAGUGAAGGGAGAGGGCACCCCUGCUUUGCGCUCGCAAGGGCCGGUGCCAGGGCACGCCCAGGAGCGCUGCCUGGAAUGGCUCGGCAUGGAAGCGGAGCCUGCAGGCGAGGCCUCAGCUGCGGCCAGCAGCGCUGGCAGCGGCCCAGCGGCCCCUGCGGCGGCGCUGGCGGAGGAGGCUGCGGCUGCCAGCCUGCCCCAGCAGCGUCCAGGCCCGACGUGCGCUGGCCACCUCGGCGCGAACGAGGCCACCGAGGAGGCGAGCGCUGCAGCGGGCGCAGCGGCGAGCGACGGCCAGAUGAGCCGCAGGGUCCGCCGCCGUCUGGCGCGCCGCGGCCUGGUGUCGGAGAGUGAGCGCGGCAAGUCCUACUGGAUGUGCAGCUGCGGCGGAUGGAACUGGGAUUGGCGCACCUCGUGCUUGGGAUGCGGGCAUGCGGCCCCGCCCUGGGCUUUGGGGGCGCCCCCAGCCAAGGCGAGGCCCAAGGCGGACAAGGACGGCUGGGUUGACCAGCCACGUGGGCGCCGUGCCCAGAGGCAGGCCCGCGGCGCGGCCUCGCGGGCAGCCUCCACCAAGUCGCAGACCUCGGCGUCCGCGGCGAGUGGGACGCCCAGCGGUGGAGGCGCCACGGCGAUCGAGAGGCUCCAGGCGACAGUCGAGCAGCUCGAGGCGCUGCAGGCCGAGCCCCCUGACGGAGUGGACGGCUGCUUCACCGACGUCGUGGCCAGGCAACUGGAGGCGAAGCGUGCCGAGCUGGUCAAGGCCCAGAAGGCAGCAGCGGAGCAGAAGGCCUCGUCCAUGCCGCAGGCGACGCGUCUCCGCAUGGAGGCGAACGCCAUCAGCAAGGGGGAGAGGCGGCUCCGAGCAGCCCGCCUGGAGCUCGAGCAGAAGCAGGAGGCGCGCGACCUCGUCGAGGCCCAGCUCCAGAAGGCCCAGGAGGAGCUCGCGGAGCUCGACGCGGAGGUGGAGGAGGCGUGUUGUGCGCUCCAGACGCUCGAGGUGGCAGUCCGCGAGGAGGCUGAGGCGCUGCGCCGCCAGCGCGCGGCCGAGUGGGCAGGUGCCAGCCAGGUGCCAGGGCUCCUCCUGCAGCUGGAAAAGUUACCUGAGGCGUGGAGCUCCAGCAACUUCGAGGCGGCCUGGGCAGCCAUUCAGGCCCAGAUGGAGGCAGUGCGGGCGCAGCUUGAGGGAGGCCCCGCAGCCCCCAGGCGUGCGCCGUUGGCAGAAUCCUGCCCCAUGGAGGAGACCAGCAGCGACGAUGGCGAUCUCGCCGAUGGCAGCAGCCCCUGGCAGCCCCAGCCAGUCGCAGGGCGAGGCCAAGCAGAGCGGCGCGCCAAGGCGCUGGGCGAGUGGCCGACGGUGACCCAGGCAUGCAAGCGGGAGCUGGCAGCAGAGGGCCAGCGAGGGCCUGGUGCAGCCGGUGCGGCAGGCCUGCGCCUGCACGAGAGCGGCGCCGAGGGAGUCGAGAGCGACCCGCUAGGCCUCCGCAGCAUGGGCGUCCGCGACUCGCCCAGGGGCCAAGAGAGUGCUGCAGGGCCCAGCGGUGACCUCUUCCUCCUGAACGCCGAGGUGAACGUGUUUGGGGCCAUGGAGUUCGGCACUAGCGACUGGGGCGACCUCAGUGACCAAGCUGGUCUACAUGGCGACCCUGAAGCAACUUCAGUGCUGCAGCGGCGCCUCGCGAAUUCCCAGAUGCAGGAUGGGGGCAUGAGCUCAGCCUCCUGGGGAGCAUGGGCCAAGCUGGCCAGGCAGAAGGGCGGCAGGCUCGCCCACAGUUGUACGAAGGCGGGGCCGCCCCUGCCAGUGGGGUACUCAGAGGCCAGCAGGCCUGUGGCAGGCAUGAUUGCAGUCGGAAUGCAGGAGGCCGACGGGCAGGCCCCCUUGCAGCAGGAUGGCAUCAGGUCUGGAGCUGGAGUCGGCAGCUGGGACGUCCGAUGCUCGACGUUGCAGCUCCUCAGCCUGAAGGUGCUACAGGCGCGCGAGGAGCAGCCCCAGGCCCUCGAGGCCGCAGCAGGUGAGCGCCGUGCCUCGCCUGUCUACGCAGUGGCGCGGACCCUGGGGAUCGGCGACUGGCACCUGGACCUCGGAGACGCGUUCAACCCCAGGUUCCUUGAGCUGCGGGCGAUGGGCGCGGGAGCAAGCACGCCCGCUCAGCAGCAGGCCUGCAGCCGCCAUGUGAGGCGGGUCCCCUUCUGCAGGCCCCAUUUGCUUCGGCAGUGGCUCGGAGACGCCAUCGGGCUGGUGCUCAAGCCAGGAGUCGGGUGGUGCUUGUGCGCGCGGCGUGCACGCGGAGGAGGAGCAGGCGGAUUCGACAGCGAGCAGCUCAUCAAUGGCUCAGACUGGAUCAGCGGAGGGCGCCCACCUGCUGGCGAGAUCGGCCAGGCGCAGUCUGUGGCAGCGUCGGUGCCCCAGCGGGCUGAUGAGGCCCCAGGCUGCGGCGCUCCUGCCAUGCGGCCCCGCCUGGAGGACAGCCGCUCGGCUGGGAGCAGUGCGGCCGCCCUCUCGGCCACCGCGUUAGCCUUCAGCGUCCUGGGGCACGUGCCCAGCUACGCCUGCGCGGGCGAAGGCGAGGGCGCCCAGGAGAUCGUGGCGUGCACCAAGUGUGGCGCCUACAAGGUACUGGGCGGCCGCGCAGGAGGUAAGUCGCGCCUGAAGGCGCAGUGCCCAGGGCCCAGCUACCUGACCAACAAGUCGGGCAGGAACCAGCGCAGCCUGUGGGAGCGUGGGCUACACCCUGGAAACGCCCAGGAGCGCUACCUGGAGUGGAUAGGCAUGGAGGCGGAGCCCGCGGGCGGAGCCUCGGCCGCGGCCAGCAGUUCGGGCAGCGGCCCAGCGGCGCCCGCGGCUGCGCAGGAAGUGGAGGCAGCGGCAGCCAGCCAGACCCAGCAGCAGCCAGGGUCGAGCGCGGGCGCCCUUGGAGCUGGCGAGGCAGCCGGGGAGGUGCUCGCAGCCACGGGAGCCGCAGCCAGCGGCGGCCUGGCGAGCCGCAGGGUCCGCCGCCGCCUGGCGCGCCGUGGCUCGGAAAACAUAGAGUUCUACUUGGAGGGGCUCAGCGGCGAGGGGGAGCCUGCAGGCAGAGCCUCAAUCGCGGCCAGCAGCUCGGGCAGCGGCCCAGCG